CUAGCUUUUUUCACUCAGGCUUAGGCCUUUUGUUGUACCAUUUUUAGGCAUUGAGCCCCUGCGUAGUCGACCAAAGGUGGUGUGUGUGCGGACCAUUCGGCCUCAUUACUGCAUCUCAAACGGAAAGUAUUAUUCAGCACUCCCAUGGUUGAGUAUUGGACUGUGUGGUUAGUCGGAGAUGUUUGGAGUUCUUCCUCUAUAUUAGACGGCGUGAUGGCCGCAAGCUGUGACAAUGAGAAUGGUCACUCAUUGUUAAGAUGGGUACAACGGUGGUAGAUCGAUGGCUGGUGAGUAAA